AGAUAACAAAAUAUUAAAACUCUUAUCAAAUUUAGAAUAGUUAAAGUAUUUUAUGACUAGUCGACUAUUCUACCAGUGGUGCGUUCGACGGUUGAGAAGAGACUGAUACAUCGUUCAGUAUAUUACGGAACAUAAACUUCACUGCGCAUGUGUAUCAAAAUUAUGGAAAGCGAUAAUGUAAAGCAUUAUUGUAUAAUGAAACGAAGAAAAGUCUUAUAUCAUUUUGAUCAGUUACGUCUUUUUUUAGUCAUUUUAGACUAAAGAAUCGAUAUAACUGUAACUUUACCGUCAAGUGACUUAUGACAGCAAGUAUCAUUUAUUUAACAGAAAUAUGUAUUCCUAUAUUCGUCUUGUUUCUCAAGAUAACUUAAAGACAAAGAAACAGUAUGCUAUUAACAUGCAUUUGAAUACUGCAGUCUGCAUUUGUAGUUUGUCUUUAGUGCAAUAUGCAUCUAGUCGAAGAACAUUAUUAUCCUACAUCCAAUAAAAUUGUUUUAAAGGUUCUGGGUAUUUGGCCUCAUGACAAAUCGCGAUUGGUAUUUUUGAAGCGGGUGCUGAUUAUUACUUUAAUUGUAACAUACAUUAUCUUGCAGUUGUCAAUUUUUAUUACAACAAAAUAUAAUAUGGCCCUCUUCUCUAAUAUUAUGUCGUUCGUUAUUCUUUUUACGGGAAUGGGGAUAAAAUAUUGUAUUUUUAUUUUUAAAUCAAAAACUAUAAAAAUCUUACAUUAUUAUAUCCAAGAGGACUGGAAGAUGAUGCAAAGUAAAUUAGAAAUUGAUAUUUUGCAGAAACAUGCUCAUAGCUGUCGAAAUUAUGUAAUCUAUAUAUUCUAUGCUGUCGAGUUUUUCGUAGUCGGUAUAAUCGUUGUUCAAUUUUUUCCGAUUAUUCUUGAUUUUGUUUCGCCAUUAGACGAACCUCGGCCACGUAAAACUAUUGUUGCAGUGGAAUAUUUUAUCUCUCAGGAUAAUUAUUUCUAUGCCAUAGUAUUCCACGAAUUUACUAUUAUGUUUUUAUGUACGUCAGUGAUAUUAGCCACGGGGACGCAAGCGAUGUUACUUAUGUAUCAUUCUUUCGGGAUGUUUAAAAUCGCCUGUCACCGAAUGGAACAUUCCAUCGAUGAUCGUGUAUUGUACAUGCCGAACUGUGAACGCGCAAUUUACGAGAAAAUUGUCCAGGUUGUAAUUGUACAUCGUAGAGCUAUGGAGUUUACUAACAUUUUUUUAUCAUCAUUUAAUGUGCCAUAUUGCAUCUUUGCCACCCUUGGAGUACUUUCAUUGAGUGUCAAUUUAUUCAAACUCGUUCAAUCGAUAAUAAUAGUGAAAAACAUUGAAGAUACUUUUAUAUCUUUUACUACCAUUUUGGGUCAUCUACUUUAUAUGUUUAUGGCGAUUUAUGUAGGACAGCAGGCUACUGAUUAUAAUAACGAACUUUUUAAAUUAGUUUAUAGUACAUCUUGGUAUUUGAUGCCUAUCACAUCACAAAAACUGAUUUUAUUUCUACUGUGUAGUACUGGUAAAGAGUUUUAUUACACGAUUGGUUUUAUAUUUGUGGCAAAAAUGGAAAAUUUCGCCAUGCUUGUUAAUACUGCGCUGUCUUACGUCGCUGUGAUGUAUUCUGUCCAAUGAGAAAGACAUGAAUAACGUGAUCAAUAAGUAACAAUUUUUAUCUUCCCGCGGAUACACGUGAGAAAAUAAAGAAGCAUUGUGUUUCUUUAUACAAUGUCAAUUAUUUAUAAGUUUCUAAUAAGAAUUUUAAUUUUUUUAUUACUGUCGUAUUGCACGAGAUCUCUCUUUAAAGAUAUACAUAUAAUAUAAUUAUUGCAUUAAUAUAUUAGUUAAAUAUUUAUGUUAUAUUACCAAAACUUAUUCUAUUGACAACGUUAUUGUAUUUUGGUGAUCUUUAUUUAAAACUGUAUGUGAACAACUGUCAGUAUAACAAGUAAUGUAACGUUUAAUGUGAAAGAAA